GCUGAUGUGGUGCAAAGACGUGACGAAGAACAAGUGGUGUGCAAAUGGUUGUAGCAUGACAGCAAGAGAGACACGGACGGCCAUGUCCCAACUUAAGGGCGUGGCGCUCCUCUGCGCUUGUAGUGGCCGUGUUAGCUGUGGAGGUUGUUCCAGUGGAAGGCGAAUGCAUAAGAUGACCACCUGCGAGCCAGUGCCAGUAACAAUGAGCGGCGAGGACAGGAGACGUUGGCCCCGCCCACGACAAGGUUGGUCGUGAAUUAGUGACGAGAGUUAUAUUAUGUCUGUUUGGUCGCCAGACUGCGAUGUCAGUAGAAGGAGAGUCAGAGUGCAGACGAAUGUAGUUCUACCGCAUCGUCUCUUCCUGCUCGUUAUUACUUUGUAUCAACAAGCAAUUAGUGCGAGUAGAGGUAGAGUGACCCAUUGACGGCGUUUUCGCAAGGUUCAUCAGAGCGUACAAAAGCCGCUCUGAGCGUCACUGUGAUAAAAAGCUGACGCGACCAUUGCAAAGACGAAGAUGUUGCAGCCCCUGCUCAUGUUCCUUUCCGGGAGCCUUGUUUCACAGCUCUCCGGCGUCAGCGCAAUCGCGUACCGGCACCCAGACACCCACCACGGCCGAGCGGCUUUGCUCCAGACCAAGAAUAAGCUUCGGGUGACGAAGCAGCGCAGCAGGGCGCAGCGCGCGAAAAGAGCUGGGAAGUACACCACGUGGAAGACGAAAAAUGGGAAGAAGAUGCAGACUUCAAGUAAGUCCUUGUCAAUUAUAAGGUUCUACUUGAAGCGUGCGUUGCUCUACGGCCAGGAAAGGACCGAAAAGCACUUGAUGUUACAUAUUGACAUGGAGAAAAAUUGUCGCAAUCAAAUAACUGAAUUUAACAGGUGCCGUCGAAUUUCCGUUGAUGACGUUCUACGCGGAGAAUGAUCAGACCAAAGAUUGCCCAGCCCAGAACGUUUUACCAUCGAUCGAAGAGUGCAACGAAGCCGUGAUGCGACUGGGGAUGGAGCGAAAGGUAGAAUUAAGACUGCGUUGUAAGAUAAUCGUGAUCAAUCGAUGCUGGCAUAUUUCUUGUGUGCGUACACAUGCAAUUAUGUGUUGUUGCCGUCCCCUUGUUCCCUAAAUUGUUGACACGAAAUCGUAAGAGGAUGAAAAAAUCUUUCAGAUGGCCACCGUGAACUCCAUUAGUGGAGACUCCUUUCUCCCUGCCUGCUACUACGACAGCAACAAGAAAAUCGCGUAUUUCAACACUUUCGUCGGCUUGACGAAGAUGCUCAAGGACCUGGGUGGCGGUGACCUCUACAGUGUUUGCAAGCAGGCCGCGUAAGAAAAACUGCUUCGCAGCUGGAACCGCAAGGUGAUGUGGAGGAGGUCCAAAUUCCAAGAAGUUUGGACAUGCGAGCAAAGGCACAGCAACUUGCCCCUCUGUUGCUCAGACAAGAAAGACAAAAACAUGUAGAAUUUGAAUUUCGAUUUCCGUUAUCUGUACCGCAUUUCCAGACGUUAGUUUCAUACUGUCCCAGUCUUUUUGUAGAAAGUCAUCAACAGUCCGAACAAACAACUAGUAGCUCUCUCAUCUCAAGCUCCUGCAACUAGAGAGCUGAAAGACCACCGAGGUAAAGUCUCGGCGGCGCUCCUACCUUGCGCGAAUGGUUGUACACAACAUGUUGUCUGCAUGCUUCAUCCUCGUUCUGUUUAUCGUCGUCCUCGUUGCUCGUCAUGAACCAGCUGAGCAUAGGACGAGUAGCUGCAAAAGUUGGCUGCGGAAGAUAUGACAAACAAAAUCGACAAACGCAAAACCAAGCGGUACUGUCCCUACCCGCCUUUUGCAGGUGCGAGGCUUCUUAGAACUAUUUCGAGCUGUAUUUUUGAUUCAGUGAAAGAGAGAAAAAGUCUGCACAUCGCUUGCGUCGAGAGGACGGGAGAGCAGAUUCUUCUAGCCUAGCCAGG